AUGGAGGACGGCGUUGGGCACGCCACAGCCAUCGCCUUUGCUCGUGCAGGUGCAUCUGCGAUAGCGGUGGCCGACCUGCAUGGUGUUUCGGAUGAUUCAGUGGCGAAGAUCAAAAAAGCUGCCUUGCAAGCUGGACGAGCGGCACCUUUUACUUUGGGUUAUAAAGUCGAUAUCGCGGAUCGAGACAGUGUUAUGGAAAUGCAUGACGAGAUAUCGCGUGCCUUCAAUGGGCACCUCGAUGUCGUUGUGAACAGUGCAGCCCACAUGGAACCAGAUCAACGAAUUCUGGACUCGGAUCCGGAAAUGUAUUGGCGUACAUGGGAGGUGAAUGUUCGCGGGCUCUUAAACAUGAUACAAUCGUUCCUGCCCUUGAUGCUUUCAACUCGUGAACACUACAGUGGAUUGUGUACAAUGAUCAACGUCUCGUCUUCGGGCGCUUUGAGCGCUAAACCUAGGAAUGGGAGUUAUCGAUGUUCGAAGCUUGCCGGAUUGAGGUGGACCGAGUCACUGUAUCUGGAUUAUGGUAAUGAAGGGCUUUUGACCUUCUGUGUCAAUCCUGGUGCGAUCAAAACUAGGAUCACCAAAGACGCACCAAAAGCAGUACGUGAUCUUUUGCCUGACAGUCCAGAUAUAGCUGGUGACACUAUUGUUUGGCUAGCUAGUGAGCGUAGGGAAUGGCUUGGAGGGAGGUAUGGUCCGUGGGAUAUGGAGAUAUUGGUCAGCAUGAAGGACGAUAUAGUUCAAGGAGACAAGCUAAAACUGACAAUGACACUUUGA